AUUUGUAUGUCGUCAGACCGAAGAUAUAAAAGUUGAAGAUCUGGGCAUCCCCAGAUCGUUGAAUAACUAGCUACCUACGCAGUUAAGUACGGAAUAAGCAGAAGGAGUGCGCUGCAGGUGAUACCAUGUCUCAGAUCAAUCGCUGAAUGAAGUAAGCUCGGUCGGGCCGAACACUAACGAGCUUACAUGCGUAGGGUUCUUACUCCUAUCAAUGUAAUAUUCCGAUCCCUUGACUUUCCAAUUGCGUCUUCCAACGGCACUGCGCCUUUUUGUCCUCUUCCUCUCUUCGCUUUUUUCCUUUGUUACUGUACGAGUGCAGUUGGGGAUGUAUAUACAGGAUGCUACUUGUGGAAAUAUAGUUGAAUCCUUUGACAUACGGAUUCUCAAGCUCAUGCGUUAGAUAAAUAAUAAUCUUUACGCGCCAAACAAGAUCUCUUGGUGCUGAAACCAACCAACUGUUAUUCACAGAACAAAAGCCAGAAAAUCAUGCAUUAACUUUCCUUCACGUCUCCCAAGCUUCAAAUGAAUAAAGGAUUUAGCUUUCUUCACGAAGUACAAAUUCGCAAGCUCAUAAUUUCAUAAGCUCCGCCCCUCCACAUAUUUCCUACAGGAUAGAAUUGUCGAGACGGGCUCGAAUCUAGACCCCGGAUUCAAACGCCUGGCCACCACCUUCCCCUCUGUAUCAUAUCUCCGAAAGGGACGCCCGAUACUACCUAUAUACUAGGAUCACUGUUUACUCCUCUUAUUAUAAGUUUGACUGUUCCUUGAGCACGUUCUAUAUUGCAUUGCUACUAGGUAGCUCGGAGCUAGGUUUACCAUACCUAGCUAUUUCGGCCCGCUCAAAAUCCCUCAUCACGGUCGUAAGACAACCCCGACUGGACCACACACACAUCCUUCCUAGCAGGACCAGACCGGCAUCAACAUUCAAAAUCAAACCAUGACAUUCCUUCCAAAACGUUACCUUCGUGCCCCACGAUCCCCUCUUCAUCCCCACUCACGUCUUCCGAAUCUGGUUCUCGCUCUUGUGGUUAUUUUCCUUUUUGAUGCUUAUUGGAUCAUCAUCCAACUUCCAAAUCCAAUACGUACCAUCACGCCUCCAUUUUCGGCGAUUAAUCCAUCGGAUUUGACGUCAAAUCAACAUGAAGCCCCCUCAUCACCAGGCCAGGAUUCUUCAUCGGCAAAAAGGGUUGGAGGGGAGGAAAAUCAAGAAUCAUUAUUAUUUAGUGAUGUUGAAAGUAGACGGGCUUUUCAGGGGUUUAAACCACAAAUGGGUAACCCCAAUAAUGAAACAAUUUUCAUAGCAGCCAUAUUUCGUAAAUCUGAAAUAAUGCUCAGGGAAAAUUGGUCUCCGGCUCUUGUAUCCCUGGUUCACCAUCUGGGUCCCCAGAAUGUGUAUGUCUCGAUUAUUGAAUCGGGUUCGUGGGAUGGAACGAAAGCAGCGCUGAUAGAUUUGGAUGGGAUGUUAGGGGAAGCGGGGGUGGAAAGGACGAUUGAAUUGGGUAUGGAUCGUCUUGCUCAGCUCGAAGAAUUAAGACACGUGCCAGAGGAGGGGCAGGAUAGAACUGGAUGGUUGCAUACGGGGAGGAAAGAAAGUGAAAGUGGGUGGGAAGUGAGACGAAUACCUUAUUUGGCGAGAUUGAGGAAUAGAGCUAUGGAGCCUCUGUUGAGGGUAUGGGAUGAAGGGAGAGGAAGGAAAUUUGAUAAGAUUUUGUGGAUUAACGAUGUGGUAUUUACGACAACCGAUGUAACAACUCUACUCGCUACUAACAACAACUUCUAUGCAGCAGCCUGCUCCCUAGAUUUCUCCCUCCCUUCCCAAUACUAUGAUACCUUUGCCCUUCGCGAUUCCUCUGGUCGAAAAACUUCAUCACUUUCCUGGCCCUACUUCUACGCCUCACAAUCUCUAGAUGCAUUGAAAAGAAAUGAUCCAGUACCUGUUAAGAGUUGUUGGAACGGAAUGGUUGUUUUUGAUGGGACACCUUGGUAUCCUUCCUCUUUCAUUUCUUCGAAUUCACAGAAAGAAUCCAAGGGCCUUAAAUUCAGAGGUGUCCCUGAUUCUCUUGCGGAAAAACAUGUAGAGGGUAGCGAAUGCUGUCUUAUUCAUGCUGAUAAUCCGUUGAGGGAAAAAAAGGGUAUUUAUGUGAAUCCGAAUGUGAGGGUGGGGUAUAAGAGGGAGGUUUAUGAGAUGGUUAAUGAGAAGGGGGGAUGGCCUGGGAGAUGGGAGGCUGUGAUGGGGGUUUGGGGGACUAGGAUAGGGUGGGUGAGGGAAUGGGGGAGUGGGUGGGUAGAGAGGGGACGGGUGGGGAGGAGAGUGCAAAAGUGGAUGAAGGAGGGGGAAGGAGAGGAAUUGAGGAAAGAAUUGGGAUUGGAGUGUUUGAUUAAUGAGAUGCAGGUUUUGUAUCAGAGUGGGUGGAGACAUCUUUGA